AAAACCUCGAACCACCACCACCACCUCCUCCUCCUCUAUCUAUCUGGGAUCACCACUUUGAUCCUACAAUCUCAGCCAUGGAUCCCGUUAACGUUUGGGGAAACACCGCCUUGGACGCCGCCGAUCCAGAAAUCUUUGACCUAAUUGAAAAAGAAAAACGCCGACAGUGCCGUGGUAUCGAACUCAUAGCCUCUGAAAACUUCACCUCCUUCGCCGUUAUCCAAGCUCUCGGCAGCGCCCUAACCAACAAAUACUCCGAGGGCAUGCCCGGAAACCGUUACUACGGUGGCAACGAGUACAUCGACCAAAUCGAGAACCUCUGCCGUAGUCGCGCCCUACAAGCCUACCGUCUAGAUCCCACCAAAUGGGGCGUCAAUGUUCAGCCCUACUCCGGAUCUCCGGCUAAUUUCGCGGCAUACACCGCACUUUUGAACCCACACGACCGUAUCAUGGGUCUAGAUUUACCAUCAGGUGGUCACUUGACUCAUGGUUACUACACUUCCGGCGGGAAGAAGAUCUCCGCUACCUCGAUUUACUUCGAGAGUUUGCCGUAUAAGGUGAAUUCAACUACUGGGUUUAUCGAUUACGAAAAGAUGGAGGAGAAGGCCUUGGACUUCAGACCUAAAUUGAUCAUCUGUGGUGGAAGUGCUUACCCUAGGGAUUGGGAUUACAAGACGAUUAGAGCUAUUGCUGAUAAGUGUGGUGCCCUUAUGCUAUGCGACAUGGCACAUAUCAGUGGUCUUGUUGCUGCUCAGGAAGCUGCGGAUCCAUUUGAGUACUGUGAUGUGGUAACAACCACCACCCACAAGAGUCUCAGGGGACCAAGAGCUGGUAUGAUCUUCUACCGAAAGGGCCCAAAACCACCAAAGAAAGGUCAACCAGAAGAUGCAGUUUAUGAUUUCGAAGACAAGAUCAACUUUGCUGUGUUCCCAGCUCUUCAGGGUGGACCUCACAACCACCAGAUCGGUGCCCUAGCUGUUGCUUUGAAACAAGUCAUGACACCUGGCUUCAAAGCUUAUGCUAAACAAGUUAGAGCCAAUGCUGUUGCCCUUGGUAAAUUCUUGAUGAGCAAAGACUACAAACUUGUCACUGGUGGAACUGAAAACCAUCUUGUGUUGUGGGAUCUUCGUCCUCUUGGUUUGACUGGCAACAAAGUGGAGAAACUUUGUGAUCUUGCAAACAUCACUGUGAACAAAAAUGCUGUGUUUGGUGAUAGCAGUGCCUUAGCUCCUGGAGGUGUUCGUAUUGGGACGCCCGCGAUGACAUCAAGGGGACUUGUGGAGAAAGACUUUGAGCAAAUCGGAGAGUUUCUUCAUCGUGCAAUUCAAAUCACUUUGAACAUCCAAAAGGAAUUUGGAAAAUUGUUGAAGGAUUUCAACAAGGGAUUAACAAACAACAAAGAGAUUGAAGCAUUGAAAGCUGACGUGGAGAAGUUUUCUGGCUCUUUUGACAUGCCCGGGUUCUCAUUGGCUGACAUGAAGUACAAGGAUUAAGCCAUAUUGAAGAAGAAGAAGAAGAAGAAGAAGAAGAAGAAGAUGGAGAUUAAAUGAAUGUUGUUUGUCUUGUUAUUACUAUUAGUAACACUUUUCUGUUUUUUUCUUUUUUGAAGAUUUAAAAGAAUAUUUUAUUAAAAAUGUAUGUUUUGGUUGGAAGACAAAAUAAGGUCUCACAUGUUAGCCACUUCCACUUGUAGAUUUUCUUUUCUUUUGUUUUUUUGUCUUUUGGAUUUAGCAUGAAAGAAAAAUAUUGAAUUGUGUUUUA